UAAUAUCACGCUUAAAAGGAUAAAGCCCGCCCAAUUCUGUUUUAGCUGCUGCGUGAUGACUGAACGUCAGAAAUGAAGGUGAUCGAUGUGGCAGCUAGCUAGCUGUACUAGCUUGUAGCUAAUUUCCUGAAGUCUGACAGCAAUGAACUCAGAGAGGCAGUGACAGUGCUGGUGAUAAGUGACAGGCCCAACCUGCAGCCAGUGGCCUUUGUUUACCUGCUCAUCAGGUACGGUCUGAACGGGGGAGGAGCCACACAAGGUAGGAGGGAUGCCUGUGGAGGGCGGUAGCAGCAGCGGCUCGACUUCGGCCUCACGUCACCCCAAGCAGAAGCGCAAGGCACACAGUUUGUCCAUCCGGCGCACCAACAGCACAGAGGACAGGCCACCUGGCGUCUUGAGGGGAGACAUGCUGGAGGGACAGGACUCCAAGCUGCCCUUCGCGCUGCGCAACAACCUCCUCGACCUCUUCAGUCAGAUCGAGCGCGAGUUCGAGAACCUCUACAUCGAAAACCUCGAGCUGCGUCGGGAGAUCGAGUCUCUGAACGAGCGUCUGACCGGAGAUGGACAGGUGGUGGACGGGGGAGAUGCGAGCAAGGCGGCCCUGAAAGCAAAAGCGAGCCACAGCACCAGUCAGCUGUCCCAGAAGCUGAAGACGACGUACAAAGCCUCCACCAGCAAGAUUGUGUCCAGUUUCAAAGCCACGGCCGGCUCCCGGGCUCUGUGCCAGCUGCUGAAGGAGUAUGUGGGCCACCGGGAUGGUAUCUGGGACCUCAGUGUGACCCGAACGCAGCCUGUGGUGCUUGGCACCGCCUCUGCAGACCACUCCGCUCUGCUGUGGAGUAUAGAAACUGGAAAAUGUCUGCUGAGGUACGCCGGCCAUGCAGGCUCAGUGAACUCCAUCAAGUUUCACCCCAACGAGCAGAUGGCCCUCACAGCCUCCGGCGACCAGACGGCUCACAUCUGGCGCUACAUGGUGCAGCUUCCCGCCCCCCAGCCCCCACCAGAUGUCAGCGCUCUGUACGAUGAGGACCAGGACUCUUCGGACAGGGAGGAGGGCGAGGUGGACGCAGACGGUCCCUGCGAGGUCCCGACGGUCCGAGUUGCCACAGCGACCCUGAAGAGUCACCAGGGCGUGGUGAUUGCUGCUGAUUGGUUAGUGGGAGGUCGACAGGUGGUGACGGCUUCCUGGGAUCGUGCUGCUAAUCUGUACGAAGUGGAAACGUCUGAACUGGUUCACACGCUAACUGGCCACGACCAGGAGCUGACCCACUGCUGCACCCACCCCACCCAGCGGCUGGUGGUCACUGCCUCCAGAGACACCACCUUCAGACUGUGGGACUUCAGGGACCCGUCCAUCCACUCGGUCAACGUUUUCCAGGGUCACACGGAUACGGUGACGUCUGCUGUGUUCACGGUGGGAGACAACGUGGUCUCAGGAAGUGACGAUCGCACGGUCAAGGUGUGGGACCUGAAGAACAUGCGGUCGCCAAUAACGACGAUCCGCACUGACUCUGCUGUGAACAGGAUUUGUGUCUCCACCAACCAGAGGAUCAUCGCUCUGCCCCACGACAAUCGACAAGUGCGGCUGUUUGACAUGAGCGGCGUGAGGCUGGCCCGGCUUCCACGCAGCAACCGAAUGGGUCACCGGCGAAUGGUGUGCUGCACAGCGUGGAACGAAGAGAACCAGAUGUGCAACCUGUUCACCUGCGGCUUCGACCGGCAGGCCAUUGGCUGGAACAUCAACAUCCCCGCUCUGCUGCAGGAGAAGUGAGGAGGUGGGCCAGCGCCCCCUCGCUGCCCUCCUAUGUGUAUUUACAGCUCGGAGCCCACAAGCGGCUCAGACACGCCAGCUCGUUUGCUGUGGCGUGUAUUUCACACGGCUCAAACACAGCCGAAGGACACGGUGACCUCUUACAGGAAGUAGCUAAUAACACCGAUGAGAUGAUGUUCCUCUGGAUUUUGUUGUUUAAUCUCUGGGUGGCUCAGCUGGUGGCUGCAAGGCCACAAAGCCUUGUGUUUUCUUUUUCUUGUUAUUUGAUCACAUUAGUGUGAGGCUGGUUCAUCCCGGGCUACCUGGACUUCAGACAGAUGUUCACUUUCUGUUUGCUUGUUGAAACAGCUGCUCUUGCAUGCAGAUGACCUCAGUUUGUGAACGUUACUCAUAAAGCUGUGAGAGAAGAAUUAAAUUAUUUAUGAUGUGCUGCCAACAGACUCCAUGUCUUAAACCUCCAUUGUAAGGGUUGAGUUUGACAAAGAAGUAAAAUGUUUUGUGUCUUUAAAGCACAGGUGGGCAGCCAUGUUGACUUGGUUAGUUUGAUUGAAACAUGAACACAGUACCUGCAUCCAUCACCUGCAAACAUGAUGGCUAAACACUCUAUUAACUAGCAUCUUAUCCUGAUGCUGCUCAGUAAUCCAGGUAGAAAAACAACAAAG